UACUCCGCCAUUUGUGUACACCCAGAUAAAGCGUGAAAUGAAGCUAAAUUCCAGUAACUUAAAAUCCACGCCGACAGGUCUUUCACUUCCGUGCAUAAGGAGUUAACAGACAGUCUUGACAUGCCCCAACAGCAGUCCUCAAGCAAUCCAACACGCAUUACAUGUGGGAUUUAACACCUCAACAAUGGACACCACCGAGCUACGAAAGCUGCGCAAGAAACUGCGACAAAUUGAAGUUCUUGAGCACCUUCCCAGGGAGCUAAAUGCUAGUGAGAUGGCAAAGGUGUCACAGAAGUUUGACUUGAGAUGUCUCGUGGAGCAGAUUUUGUCUCAUAGUGUUGGAGUAAAUCCUGUGGUUGAGCAUGAGCAACAAAAUGAAGAUCACAGACAGCCAGACUCUCUUCCACAACAUGUCACCUCUAAACAGACAAAAAAGAUUCCAGAGUCCUUUCCUUUACAAAACUCCAAGUACCUUGUUCAUCGAUUGAAAGGACACGAUGAUCUGGUGACGUGUGUCAUUGUACAUGGUCCAUGCAUAAUCUCUGGGAGUUGGGACACUACAGUCCGGGUGUGGGAUAUCCGCUCUUGCUCAGAGCAGAAGACUCUGUGUGGUCAUACUGGAGCUGUCAAUUGUCUGGCAUUUCUUCCCCUGAAAGAAGAUACAUUAGACCCUGAUAUCUGGCCACCGAAUGAAGAGUUUGUCUCAAGUGGAUCAUCAGACUGCAGCAUCAGAGUUUGGAGCAUGACCACAGGUCGGCCCGUUUUCAGCAUUUACACUUUUUCUGAAGUUUCAUCACUUGUGUACAUUCCCAAGACACCAUUUCUAAUAUCGGGAUCAGAUGGUGGAAAGAUUGAUGUUUGGGAUCUUCAAACAAAACAGAACGUGCAUUCAGAGCGAGCUCACGGAGAUAGAGUGACAUCUUUGCAGUUUCACUCUGGGCUGCUGUUCUCAGGAUCUUCUGAUGGUUCUCUAAAGGUUUGGAAAUUGUCCUCUUCCGGCACCUUGAGUCUUGUACAUUCCUGUAACGAAUUGAUGUCGUCUCUGCAUGGACUACACUCCAUUUGUAUCACUGGGGAGAAAGCAUACAUAGCCAGCCAAGGAGUGUGUGUAAAAGCUGUUACGUGGAAACAAGAUAGUCUUAUCCGUCUGUCUAAUCACACCUCUGGCACUGGGUUUGUUGAUGCCGUGGCUGUUACAUCCGAUGAUCUCCUUGUUGCUUCUGGGUUCAACGUUGACCAGGGACAAGGGUACUUAAAUGUUCGCAAUGCUAAGACAGGUAAUUACCUAGGAACUCUCUCACAUCGUGAUGCUCCACGGCUCCUGUGUCUAGCUGUUUCUCGCGAUUCUGCGGGUCUUUGUUGCUGGGUGACCGGAGGGAGGGAACUCCUUUUGUGGGAGGAGCAGCCAAAGAAAAAGUUGCUGGAUGGAGACACCAUCCAGUUUCAGUUCUGUUCUGGAUUUCUUAAUUCUGCUCCAGAUUCUGAAUCAGAUGAUGAAGAAGAGUUUGAUCUAUGGGAAGCGGAUGUGAAGUCAGCACCUUUCCAGAGUGACAGUCAAGGCUGGCAGUGGUGUGUUUUGGUAUAGAGAUCGCGUUAAUCACCUCUAUUAAAUUACACUCAAACUUUAUUUUAUUAAAAAUAAAACUGUUGAAACACAGAA